ACUUCAGCCUCAUUCACCGCUGAAGUGAUUUAAGCAAGGCAGAGAUACGGGUUUACAUAGCUCAUAUCUCUCCAUUUACAUUUUUAUCUCGCUUGACACAGAUAAGUGGAGGGUUGGUGUCUGUCAUUGUGAUGUGAGCCCGAGGCUGAAGUCCAGCUGUGAUUGGGCAGGAGAGUUUGUGUGAACGGACCUGCAGUCGACAGCCCUGUUUACAUUCUGGUGCUUUUCAUUCAUUAAGUGUACUAACACAGCAGGAGCGUGGGAGAAGAUCUGGGUACAGAGGACACCAUAUCUCUACUCUCUCGCCUCUUCACUGAAGGAAAGUGAAGGAUGAAGUGUGUGAGUCGCUGGCUGCCGGCAGUGGCCCUGCUGCUGCUCAGUGUGGCCGGAGUUGACAUGGAGCAUCUCCAAGCUGAGAACCUGGAUCUCCUUCCCCCAAAUGAGCACAACCUGGUCCUGAAUCGUGGAAUGAGAGUGCUGCCCAGAGACUGCCACGAAAUGCUGAUGACCUCUUCAGGCCAGGCCAGAGACGGGGUGUACCUGAUCCAACCAGGUGACUCCCCCAUCGUGGCCUACUGUGCCAUGCAAGAGGGAGGCUGGACUGUGGUGCAGCAUAUCACCGUCAAUAGCAGCGUGAAUUUCGAUCGCACCUGGGUCGAGUAUAAGCACGGCUUCGGGGCUGUAACUGGUGAUCACUGGCUCGGGAACGAAUACCUUCAUCAGCUCACCCGCGGCCCCGGGCGCUAUAAACUGGGAGUAAAACUAGUGGACCGAGAUGCCGUCACCAAGACGGGAGAGUAUGAUCCAUUCCUGGUGGAGGAUGAAUCAUCAGCGUACAGGCUGAGGCUGGGGUUGUUCCAGGGCACAGCUAUAGACGCUCUGACUCUGGACACAGAGAACUACCUGCAUGACAACCAGAGAUUCACCACUAAAGACAGAGACAAUGACAACUACUUCCAAAACUGUGCUAAACUGGAGUUUCAGGGGGUGCCGGGAGGAGGUUGGUGGUAUGACGCCUGUGCUGGUGCCAACCUCAACCGCAGAAAUGUCAUUUACUGGCAGAAGGACUGCAACAAGGAGCGACUUUGCAAGUAUGCAUGGAUGAUGGUGAGACCAUCAGACACAGUUAAACUGGUUCAAAGCAGAGACUGCAAGAAGGAUGAGCUGUAAGGACACGGGAUUUCUAAGACUCUACGAUGCUGGGUUUGGCAACUAAGGCCAAGAGGUUAGGGGGUUACAUCAGUAACCUCCUAAUAGCAAUUAAACUGGACAUUAAAUUCACCACAUUUUAUUCAGAAAUGCAUGAACAUGUUCACAAAAUACUGAAAAGAACAAAACAAAACAAAAAAAGAAUUACUAACUCUGAACACAGUAUAAAAACGCAGUACGGUUUAGCUCUAGCUUUGUUUCCAUCGAUCAACAGGUCAACACAUGAAGCAAAGCAUCUCGUCAGUCCCCAAAUUGCAAGUGCAGAUUUCUGCUUCAUCACAGUUACAAAAAAGUGUUUCAUGACAUUAUAGCUUAUGACAUAUGUAACAUUUUUUUUUUAUCUGCAUGUCAUCUCUCAUCCAGUGUUUACACAAAGGAACAUUUCACAAACAGCAUUUUAUUUGCCACAGCACAUUACAAGUUUGCCAGAAAUACAAUGAAGAUAUGACGACAUACUGAUUUAGCUACAGUAAUUCCAAGAAAACAAAUACUGUAUUUCAAUGCUCAAAGAAAGAGAAAAUAUCCUGAGGAUGAAGACUAAUAAACAGAUUAUAAGAAACAAAGUGUACUCUUAAAUCUUCCGCGCUGUUCCCAUUGUAAACACAGACAUUAUUUAGUUUGUCACGUAGGUUGAGUGAAAUAAGUCUUUUAGUUUGUAAGGGUUGUAGGGUAGGCCUGUUGUUUGGAGUUAUUAUGGAUUUUUGUAGUUUGUAGUAAUUGAUAGAAAUCUUUAUUUUCCAUGAACAUUUUGCAGGACAGAAAAUGCAGAUGUGAAAACAAAGCUGAAUUGAUAUUCACUUGUCUGACAAAUGCAGCCAAGUCGCCAAAGAAAAGUGUUGGCAUUGUAUGUUUCUGCAAACCACAAGUACGUUACAUUUGCUUAUUUCAGACGUAUCAUUUCAAAAGUAAUAUGUCUAA